GAAGGCAUUUACUGCUGACUUUUUUCCUGUCGAUUAUCAAAUAGUGCCCAUUCACAGAUGACAAAACUCUUGUGAUUGUUGAUCUGAAGUUAAAGGAAAGCUCAGUUGGAGUAUUAGUCUGUGGCUUCUGUCACUCAAACUUUCUCUGUCUCCCCUCCCAAGCUAGCCCUCUGUAGCCAUACUCAUAGACCUGGAGCUCAGGACCUCUUGCUCGUAUUAACCUGUCAUAGUCAGCCAGGUGACCCCAACAGCUCAAUAUCAGAGAUUUGUACUGAAUCAGCUCGGCAUGAAUGGUGGUAACAAAGCAUUUCUUGUCUCAAGACAGGAGAGUGGGCAUAUAGACACAGAACCCUAGUGGAGACAGUGGAAAGGACGCUAGUGGUCUCUCACCCAGGUCACUGCGGAGCUCUCUCUUUCCCUCCCUCCAGUGUCAUCAUGCUUCUUCCUCGGUGCCAUAACUCUGCAGGUCAAGUUGCUCUCCUGGGUUCUGUGGGACUGCCCUCCUUGUCAGCCGGACUCUUUAGCCACCUGCUACAUACACUGGAAGAAAUGCAAGGGGAGACUCUCUCUCUCUUUGUACCACAUAAGCAGUUGGCUCAGGGGGUGGCCCUGGGGCAUCACAUAUUGUCUUGGUGAUUGGUCUGAUUGCUGAGCUUGUAGAGUCUGACUGAGCCCCUGCACUGGCAUAGCCUCUAAAAAGGGUGAUGUGUUGUGCCAGGAGCUGAGUAUGGUAGAACAGUGGGAAGAAAGCUGGCUUUGAAGUGGAAAGGACCAAGAUACAAGGCCUGUCUCUGAAUCACCUGGGCUUGGAGGACCCUUGGCUAGUCUCAUAGUUUACCAAAAAUUGGAAACCAUGAGUGGAACUGAACAGAUAUUGCCGACAACAACUGGGGUGGACCGCUUUCCUGAGGAGGUGAAGAAGCAGUUGCUGUCACUCUCUGAAGAGAUGAUACAUCUGACCAAGCGUCUUUCCCAUCCUUGGAGACUCUGCGGCAAGCCACAGAGAAUUACUGAGUUACUGAAGAAUCUUUCAGAUGACCUGGGGGCCUUAAGGACUGCACUGUUUGGAGCUCCUGACUUGGAGAGGCUCCCCAGGGAUACCCCAUCAGAUGAUGGCCCUGCAGCUGAGGAAGAACUGAAAAGACUUGGAGAAGGGCCUCAGGCCACAUCAAAACAUGGUGAAAGGGACUCAAAUGGUGGUGACUUCAUUGAAUGUGGAGGAGGAAGUAGGAUGGGCAAUACAGUGGACCUGAUCAAAGAUGGGUCUGAAGGUGGAAGGGAGGAUCAAAAACCCCAAGAAGUCGGGGAAAGGGUUUGUUUAAUGUCACUGGAUGUUACUGAAUACGAACUUCAGAUGAUGGAGCAGCAGGCGCGGGAAGAAGUGAAUGAAGCCGUACAAGUGUCUGAUCAGGACUUAAUUUCUGUGAUGGAUGCUCAUGAUCUUUCUAAUGCUAUUGAAAGUGACGAAGAUCUGGAAAUGCAGAUGCUUAAAUCUUUAGAAGAUUUGGACCGUGGCAAAUUGAAGCUGAAUGUGUCAGAGUUGCCAGAAGCAGAAGGCAAGGCUGGGAUCACUGCUGAUGAGGGGGACGAGGAAGCUAUUGAAGAAGAGGAAGAUGAAUGGGAUCCUUCAUUACCAACACCUACUGCAGAACAAAUCAUUUGCCUGAAGACCUACUUUGGACAUUCCAGCUUUAAACCUAUGCAGUGGAAAGUGAUCCAUUCUGUUUUAGAAGAAAGAAGAGAUAAUCUUGUAGUAAUGGCUACUGGAUAUGGCAAGAGUUUGUGCUUUCAGUUUCCUCCUGUAUUUGUUGGUGGAAUCAGCAUUGUUGUUUCUCCUCUGAUUUCUCUGAUGGAAGACCAAGUGCUUCAACUUGAAAUGUCCAACAUUAAAGCUUGUUUCCUUGGAUCAGCUCAGUCCGAAAAUAUCAUCAAGCAUGUUAAAGCGGGAGAGUACAGGGUUGUGUAUAUCACUCCAGAAUUCUGCUUGGGAAACUUGAACCUACUAAAGCAGCUCGAUGCUGACCUGGGGAUCACCUUGAUUGCUGUGGAUGAGGCUCACUGUGUGUCAGAGUGGGGGCAUGACUUCAGAAAUUCCUUCCGAAACUUGGGCUCCUUGAAGACCACCUUGCCAUUGGUGCCUGUGUUGGCGCUGACAGCAACUGCGAGCUCCUCCAUUCGAACAGACAUCAUGCACUGCCUCAACUUGCGGAACCCUCAGGUCACCUGCACCAGCUUUGACCGGCCCAACCUCUAUCUGGAAGUUGGGCGGAAGACGGGCAAUAUCCUUAAGGAUUUGGACAGGUUUCUUGUGCAAAAGACAAGCUCAUCCUGGGAAUUUGAAGGCCCCACCAUCAUCUAUUGCCCUUCUAGAAAGAUCUCUGAACAAGUGACUGCAGAGCUCCAGAAACUGAACUUAGCUUGUGGAACGUACCAUGCGGGCCUGGGGAUCAAGUUGAGGCGAGAGAUCCACCACAAGUUCAUGCGUGAUGAAAUUCAGUGUGUCAUAGCAACAGUUGCCUUUGGUAUGGGGAUUAACAAAGCAGACAUCCGCAAAGUCAUCCACUAUGGCGCUCCCAAGGAAAUGGAAUCUUACUACCAGGAGAUGGGUAGGGCUGGCCGUGAUGGCCUGCCUAGUGCUUGCCAUGUGCUCUGGGCUCCUGCAGACAUAAGCUUCAACAGGCACCUCAUUGGUGAAAUACAGAAUGUCGACUUUCGACGGUACAAAUUGAAGAUGAUGAGACAAUUAGAGAAGUACCUUCAGUCCAGCAGAUGCAGGCGGAAAAUCAUCUUGUCUCAUUUUGAAGAUAGACAACUCCGAAAGGCCUCCUUGGGCAUUAUGGGAACAGAGCAGUGUUGUGACAACUGUCAGGCCAGACUGAAUGACCCUCAUUCCAGUGAUGACUCUGAGGAACACUUGCAGGACUUUGGGCCACAGGCCUACAAGCUGCUGUUUGCAGUGUACAGCUUAGGAGAGAAGUUUGGAAUUGGGGUCCCAGUUUUAUUUCUUCGGGGAUCGAAUUCUCAACGUCUUCCUGAUAAUUUCCGUCAUCAUUGUCUCUUUGGUGGUGGCAAGGACCAUUUGGAGAGCUGGUGGAAGGCUUUGGCUCGGCAGCUGAUUUCAGAGGGUUUUUUAGAAGAAAAGUCAGGAUCCAAGAAAUUUGCCAAAAUUUGUGUUCUUACAAAGAAGGGUAGAAUCUGGCUGGAUAAAGCCACUGAUAAGUCAUCCCAGACGCUCCUCCUUCAUGCCAAUGAAGACCUGUGUCCAAGGAAAUUACUAAAACCAAGAGUUUGGCCAACAUCACCAGCGAAGCCUCUUCCUCUUCCUGGUUCCUGUGACUCCCCAGAAUCUGUUUCAUCCAAAGAGCAGCAGUUUCAGACUGCACUGUAUUGCAAAUUGAUGGAAGCAAGGCAGAAGCAGGCCAGCGAAAAGGACAUCCCUCCAGCUUUAUUGGCUACCAACAAGGUGCUGGUGGAUAUGGCCAAGAUGAGGCCAAGUACCCUGGAAAGUCUGAAAAACAUUGAUGGCGUGUCAGAGGCCAAAUGCACCAUGUUAGCCCCUCUUGUGGAGGUUAUUCGUGCCUUCAGCCAGACAAACAACCUUCCGACAGACUUGUUUUCCAGCCCUUCACCUGGAUUGAAAGAGAAGAAUAAUUCAGCAAAGAAAUAUGAGCACAUUCCACUUCCCAAGUCGGUUUCCAUCACUUACUCUUUGUUCCAGGAAAAGAACAUGUCUUUGUGGAGCAUCGCUGAGAGCAGGACGAUGCCUCUCCCCGUGGUCGGCAGUCACUUAUCCCAGGCAGUGAAGGCAGGCUACCCUCUGGACCUCGAGCGGGCCGGCCUGACUCCCCACGUCCGGAAGAUGAUCACUGACGUGAUCCAGAAACCUCCCAUCAACUCAGAUACUUCUAAAAUAAAGGCCAUCAGGACACUGGUUCCUUCAGAAGUUGAAACCUACCUCAUCCAGAUAGCAGUGGCACUGGUAGAAAAGGAAAGGAAAUCAGAAACCACACUCCCUGACCCAUCCCCAAAAGAGUCCAAAGUGGAGAGUGUCGUGCCCAGCACUUCGAAGCCCUGUGUGGGUACCAAAAAGCCAGUGACAGAGACCUCCAAGAGGAAGUUCCCAGGCUGGUUCUCUUCAGUCCAGGGGCCCAUGCCUCCUGGGGGCACCUCCAAGAAAGCAAAGCCUGGAGCCAGGAAGGGGCUUUUCACUUGAACUGGUGUUCACACCCCAUCUCUCUUGGGCAUUUAUUAACUGUUUUGUGAUUGGGGAGGAAUUCUCAUCAGACACAUGGAUGUUUUCUAGGAUGUCAUGGUUGUACCACUUCCCUUCCAGCUCGCCUUAGGAAGAGAUUUUUAGGGAGAUUUCUCAAGACCUUUGUUUAUUCUAUGGCCUCAACCUGGGUCUCUGAGACAUUAAAGGGAAGGGGAAGACCUCUUUUUUCUCUUUUAAGUAGAAACAGGUCCUUACCCAGCCAGAAAGUGUGCCCUAUUGGCCUGGUGAACAAGUCUAAGCAGCUUCUGGCCACAGAGGCAUUGACAACACAGGCACUUUCUAUUGGAGCUGCUAUUGGAACUGCAGUGACCAAGAGUUUUUUUUAUUUUUAAAGAAGAAGAUUGUUUCUUUGGGACCCCUUGGACCCAACAUUGUGAUUUCCUCAUUUUCUAUGAGGCUGCCCUCCUGUCUACUGCUGCCAGUGCAGAGGGCUCGGGGACUAUCCCCCUUCGUUUUAGCUUCCGGAUGUGUGGCGUACAUCGUCAAAGGAUGGAAUUGCUCAUUAUGGCCGUUCAGUCUCAUUCCUUAAAGGGUCAUUUAGUACUUAGACUGUUUGGUAGUUUUUCAUAAAAUAAAUGCCUAUUUGUUCCUGAA